AUGGAGCAACCAGCACUCUUGGAGAUGCAGAUGCCUUGCCCAAGGUGCAAUCUGCAUCCCUGCUGUAGUUGUACCACACAUGAAGCUCUGCUGCUUGUGACAACUGCCAUUUUUAAUCUGUUAGUAAUGAACCUGCAAGGUGAGCAGCAGGAUUUCUGCACUGCUAGCACCUUUGAUAUGCAUCUGAUGGUGGGCACCCUUUGUUCUCUUGAAUCGCCUGUAACUGGGUGUAACAAAGCUCAGUUCAUCACUUUAGAUCUCACAAUACUGUUUUUCUCUGCUGUCUUCAGACUUCACAAAUCUGUCAAUUUCCAGCUGAAAAAACCUGCAAAAUCGUUCAACUCUGUGACUUUCUUUGCCAUCUCUGCAUACAUACAGUUGCUAGCUAUGGAGCAUGAUGGUUCACUGGGCAGUAUUGUGAUACUGAGAAGAGCAGACAAGAAUGAUGAUGGAAAACUGUCCUUUGAUGAAUUCAAAGCUUACUUUGCUGAUGGAGUUCUGAGUGGAGAAGAACUGCAUGAACUUUUUCACACAAUCGAUACACACAAUACAGACAAUCUUGACACGGAAGAACUUUGUGAAUAUUUUUCACAGCACUUAGGAGAGUAUGAAAAUGUUCUCUCUGUUUUGGAGGAAUUAAACAUUACUAUACUGAAAGCAAUGGACAAAACAAAGAAAAAAAAGUCCACGAGGAAAAGGCUUGCCAAAAUGGUCAAGUAUACCAGCUGUAAAGACUAUCAAGAAGCUUCUAAUUUGGAGCAGUUUGUGACUCGCUUUCUCCUGAAGGAAACGCUGAACCAGCUCCAGUCCCUCCAGGCUUCCCUGGAGUGUGCCAUGGAAACCACAGAGGAGCAGACUCGGCAGGAAAGUUUAAAGUGGCAGGUACAAAGAGAUGAAGGAGAUGAAGAGUUUCUGAAAACAGAAAGAGGAGACAUGCUCUCUCACAUGCGUUACCUUACGAACUGUCCUGUGUUCCUGUGCAGACAAGGUCCAACAAAACCAGAAGUGCUCUCAGUGCAAUGGCCAGGAAAGCGCUCAGCUCGAAGGCUUCAAAGGAACAACAGCCUAUCGCCCAGUAACCCUCAAUUUAACACAGGCUGGAUUGAGGAAGAGAGCCAGUGGAUGACCCAGAUAAGCAGACUUCAGAAGCUGAUUGACAGGCUGGAAAAGAAGGACUUAAAGCUUGAGCCAUUUGAAGAAGAAGUUUUGGAAGAAAAUGCAAGAUCUCACAUAAUGAUCGUUCAACGUCAAAUGUCUGUGAUAGAAGAAGAAAUUGAGGAAUUCCGGCUUGCUCUGAAGCAGUAUGUGGAGUCUGCUUCUGCUCAGAGUGGCUGUUUGCAUGUUUCCAUACAGAAGCUUCCAAAUGAUUCCCGCUUCAUUAUUUAUGAGUUCUGGGAGAACAGCAACAUCUGGAAUAGCCACCUUCAAAUGAAUUACAGCAAGACAUUCCAAAGAAGUAAUGUGGACUUCCUGGAAGCUCCAGAGCUCAUUACAACAAUGCUAGUCCCUGCAUCGUGGUGGGUCCUCAAUAACAACUAGAAGCUGUGAUUCCAAGUAAUUAUGUUAUGUUUUUCACUACAAUAACGUUGAUUUAACAGUGUACCCAGGUGUGCUGGGUUAGAGGUUUAUCACGUGAUACUGCAACACUAUGGAUGUAAUCUUUUCUGUUCUAAAACAUGAAAAAUCACAUUUAUUGCUUUGUGCUCUUGUGAUCAGUUUAGUGAAAUAAUGCAUUGUAAAAGCUGAAAAAAAGACAAAACUAAGCUCAACUGUUAACUGUAUAUUUAGUCCUGUCACAGAAAACUGCAUCUUGAUUGGUGUGACUGAGUAUUUGUGAAUACUUUUAGUCUCGCAUUAAUAAACAAUUGUUACUUAAUGCUGUUGUUUUCUGCUUGUACAGAAGAAACAGGUAUAAAGUUGAAAACAUUUCCAUAAAUGUCUAUGUCUAAUUUAGGAGAAUAAAUGAAUACUUUGUUUGUGUUAAUACUAUCAGUCAGGAAAUUUUCUGCCCAAGAAAAGACAAAGCAGCACCAUUUUCUUUUAAGAGCCUCUAUGGCCCCUGCCCUCUCCUCUGCCUCGCAAGAAGAAAUGUGUAUCUGUGGGCCAAACAGCUUUGGAUCCACAGGUUUAAUGUUUUACAGCUCAUUUGCUUUGAGCUCUGUCUUGAACAUUUAGAAAAUCAGAGCAACUCCUAAAACUGGCUGUUCACUGAGAAGUCAUUAGAGAAACCGCUGCUAGAGCACAAAUAACCAUAAACCUGGAAGCACAAAUACUUUCCUCCCUAAUGAGACUUCCUGCUGUCCCUUUGGCAUCUGAGCAGUACACGUCACCCAGCCAGGGAAGGAAGUGACUAGUGUAACCUCAGCCCCCAAUGGCAGGUUGACAAGCUCUACAAACUAAAAUAUUACUAUCUUCACUCAUGGAGCAGUUCCAGGUUAUAAACAGUUGCCAAAAAUAACUUGAAAGUCACAUUCAACAGAAUAUCCUCUUCCUUGUAGUGUUUCUCCAUUUUUAUUUCACUUCAGCUAAAAUAUUACAAUGUAUAAAAAGCAAGCAAUCUUCAUUGCAGUAUGGUUCUGUAAUCCAGAAGCUAUGGCUAAGACUAAACCUGAAAUUCUUAAAAAUAUCACAUAUAGGCAAUUGCUGGGGGUCAAGGCAUCUUAACCACUAUAGUAUCACAGGAGUUCUGAGGGUGAAUUAGUCACUUAAACAAAGGCAUCUAGCACCUGUGAGGUACUCCAGGAUACUCCAACUUGCCUCUAGCUCCCAACUGAGGACACAAGCUUCCUAUAGGUUGUGUUACACAUGCCAGCCCCAUGCAACUGCUUCAACUAUACUAUGUCUCAAGUGACAUCAGAUAUCUAAACUUAGGUGUGCACAACAGAUUCAAAUUUUACCUCUAGAUCUUUCAGUAUCUCAGCAAAAUUAAAUGUUUUUAAUACUUUAAUCCAAGGUUCUCCUAUAUUGAAUUAGUAUUAGCUGCAGCCCUAGCUGCUUUAUCACUAUUAUUUAAGAAAAAAAUAAAACCAGGUCAUACCCUCCUUUAAUGGCACAGAUACUACUAUAAACACAGAAAUAUGUGAUCCAGCUACACAUCUAUUUAAAGGGCAUCCUAACAUCCACAUUACACUCUUGAGAUGAGAAAUCAGCGAAAAGUUUAAAUCUUUCUUGCCUUUAGCAAAGUAAAAGACAAACCGCUCAUUUUCCCUUAGAUCUAGUUGACUUUUUUUACUUUGCCACAACGUCCAUCUGGUGUACUGUGUAUUUUCUUUUCACUACUGAUCUAGCAAUAAAAAAAAUACAGUGACACAUGACACUGCUAGAGGCUAAACUGGUACUGAAAACUGACACUGUACAGUCAGGUUUAUUAUGUUUUUCCAGUUAUAAGAAAUUAUCUACUUAGAGGUGCUGGAGCAGAGAAAGUCAUUCUAGUAGAUGCCACACAUGCUCCUAAUAGAAAUUCUCCACUUGUUUGCUAGUAAACAAACACUUGCAUGAAUAAUAAAAACUUGUGUACCACUUAAGAGUUUUGAGAGAGUUAUACAAUGAAAUUGUUUCCGACACAUAAUGGGGAAAAAGAUCAACCAAACUCUAAGACUCCCAGAUGAAAAACAAACAUACUCAAAAAUGAUUCUUCUCUUCAGAGGUUUAUGUGACAAGAUUUUAGCAGCACAGUUGGCUUCUACGAGCAGAGGCCCAGCAGCUACCCCAGGUAAGAGCCAGCUCUAGGUGGCUCUGAAAGGGAUCUACUGCUGGCCAGAGCUGAGCCAUGAGCAAUGCUGGUUGGGAAAAACUGAUGCACAGCAGCAGCUGGGAAAGACAAUUGAGAAAUGUGAGAGAAGUAGGUCUGCAGCCAUCAUCAUCAGGGCAGAAGGAGGGCAGGAGGUGCUCCAGAGGCUGAGCAGAAGUUCCUUGCGAUCCAGUAGAAGCUUGCCCACACAGAGAUUUCUACAGGUAGCCCCACAGAGAAUCCACAGACCAGAAGGGAAAUGUAGUUUGAAGAAGGCUGCAGCCCACAGAGAGCUCCUGCAAGAAUAGGCUCCAGGGUCAGAGCUGCAGCCUGUGGAGCAGAGCCCAUGGUGGAACAGGAGGUCUGAGGGAUCUGGCAGCAGCCAGUGGGUCUUCAUGCUGGAACAAUCUGCUCCUGAACGAUGGGCCCCAUGGUACAGAGCCAUAUCAGAGCAGUACUUGGAGAGCUGCAGCCUUUGGGAAACCACCCAAGAAGGAUUCAUUCAGGAAAGACAGCAGUCUGUGGGAGGGAUGCCACACCGGAGCAGGGGCAGAGAGCAACAAUGAAGGAACAGCAGAGACAAAGCAUUAUGGACUGACUGCAGCUCCCAUUCUUCUGCACUGCUCAGAGGAAGGUAAAAAAGAGUGGAUAGGAGAGAAGGUGUGCCUGCUUUUGUUUCUCACUGCUCUAGUCUGUUAGCAAUAGGUAAUAAAUUAAUCUCCCUGCUUUGCCCACAGCAGUAAUUUGAGAGUGAUGUUCUCUUUUCCUUAUCUCAACUCAUCCCAAUCUCAUAGUACUUACUCCUCUUGUCCUUUUGAGGAAGCGGCGUUAUGGAGCUUAGGUACCUGCUGAUGUGAAACCACCAGACUUGCAAACAGUAUACAAAUAGAAUAUACUUGCAGGCUAAUUUUAAUUGACCAACCACUGCUAAAAAUAAAAAUAAAUAAAUAAAGGCAUUCAAAUGAUAUGCUUAUUAGCACAGUUGCAGGAAAAAAUCCAGUAUCUGUGAAAGUCAUCUUGAAAUUUUUCUGCACUAAUUAAUAUUCAACAUAAUCUGAUUUAGCUCCUGCUACCUUUUGCCACAAAGGCUGAAAAAUUGCCUUCACCACCCAAAGCAUGUUAUUUGAGGUCUGAACUUUGGUUUUGAAGAUGAUUACAUUUGAAUGAAACUAUUACUAAUCCUUGUCAACUGAAAGUUAUUGUCGAUAAAUACUCUAACUUGUGCUUUCUCUUCUAAAUACUAUUCUAGCUGAACAAAAAUAAAUUACAGCAUCCACUACAUACUGGCAUACACUUUACCAGGGUAAGACAAGUAAUGAAAAGCUGUACUGUUUCUUAAUGUUGCCCAUUGUUUCCAGUUAGAAAAGUGAAGAACACUGGACAGUUAUUUACAAAGAGCUUUUGGAAAUACAAUGGUUAGUCACCUUUCACAUUUUGUAAACAGGGAGACUGCAAGAGAAGAAAGGAAAAAAAAAUGAAUAAAACCUUUAGGAGCACAUAUCCUGACACAUUUGAGAUUUAAUAGUGUUUGUUGUUCCAUUAUUAUUGGUAAAAAAGGAGCAAACAAGGCCUCAG